UCUCUCCUUCACUCCCUCUUUACCUCAUCUCUCUUUCCCCUCUACCUCCUCCCUCUUUCCUAGCCAGUUAAUCAGUGCUUUCCGAUGUCAGACAGAAAGAGAGAGAGAGCGAGAGAAGAGGGAGGCCUGAGUGACAGACUGCUCAGACCCAGGGCACCACGCAUCACCCGCUGCUCAGUUUGUGCUGCUUUCAGAGGAUCAAGUCUAUGCUGGAAGAAGCUGGUGAAUGAGUUCAGCACAGGGAGGUGAUACACCACAACAGAAAUUAAGAACUCUGAGUAAAGGGCAGUAAAAUAAAAAGACUUCUUAAACUGAAAGAAGACAAAUCAUCACCACGCCUGGCAGACAAACGUAGGACCACAAGUUGUUCACUGCCUUCAAAAAAUGUCCUUCCUCUUCCACUUCAUCCUCGUCCUCCUCCCGAGCCCCGCCCUGCUGCUGCUCCAGAAUGCAGCUCUUCAGUCUGCGUCUCAGCGCGAUUCCAGGGACACCAAACCCCAGCCAAUUAAAGUUGUGAUAUCGGAGCCGUGUGUGCGGGGUGAGCCCUCAGAGUCAGGCCAAGCAGAAGGGAGGGAGGUGGAGCUGGACGGUGACUCCACCGUCGUCCUCACGCACCGCAUCCGUCUGCUUUCCGGGGCUGCCACGGCGGCGCCCGGCUGCAGCGGCUGCGAGGUGGACUUGGUUGCGAUUCGGGAGCGAAUCGAGAGGCUGGAGAAGGAGGUCUCCGAGCUGCGGGAUAAGUGUGGCGGUCCGGACGGAGGCUGCUGCACCUCCCAGCAGAGUAAAGGAAGGGGCUGUACUACUGUCAGUCCACCCACGGAGGCAUGUCCAGAUGACUGCAGUGACCAUGGCCACUGUGUAGAGGGCAAGUGUGAGUGCUUCCCUGGGUUUAGUGGGCCAGACUGCAGCAUGUCCAACUGCCCCAGCAAUUGCCACGACAACGGGAUGUGCGUGAGCGGUCAGUGUGUGUGUGACCCUGGUUUUACCGGGUCGGACUGCUCUGAGGCCUUAUGUCCCCGGAACUGCAGCCAACAUGGGCGGUGUGUGAAUGGAGCGUGUGUGUGUAAAUCAGGGUUCUCAGGCCCCGACUGUGCCGUUAAAGCAUGUCCCAAAAACUGUAGCAACCGUGGGAGGUGUGUAAAUGGGAAGUGUAUGUGUGAUACUGGUUUUACUGGUGCAGCCUGCAUAGCACGGACAUGUCCUGGUAGCUGUAACAAAAGGGGUCGAUGUGUGAAUGGAAAAUGUGUGUGUGAAACUGGAUUCACUGGUCCAGAUUGCUCUGAGAGGUCAUGCCCAGGAAACUGUAACAAUAGAGGCAGAUGUGUUAAUGGACAGUGUGAGUGUGACUCUGGUUUCACUGGUGUGGACUGCUUGUCUAAAUCCUGCCCUGCAAACUGCAACAAUCGAGGCCAGUGUGUGGACGGUCAGUGUGUGUGCGACGAGGACUAUGCUGGGCCUGACUGUUCCACCAAAGCCUGUCCCAAAGACUGCAGUGGCCGAGGACUCUGUGUGGACGGUCAGUGUGUGUGCUGGCGCAGAGCCACAGGCCCUGACUGUGGCCAGUGUGAGGACGGCUUCACGGGAGGUGACUGCAGUAUAGUUCUAAGCGGUGUGUCUAAUCUCAGAACCAUGGACAUCACGGAGUCUUCCGUCACCCUGUCCUGGACUCCACCUGCUGUGCAGUAUGACACUUACCACAUCACCUUCACCAGUGAGAAGGAGAGCGAUCAGAAGAUCGCCACUGCAGUAAGCGGCAGGCUGAGCUCGUACACGCAGCUGGGCUUGGCCAAUGGGCAGCAGUACACUGUCACUAUCACGGGAGAAAAAGAUGACAAGAUGGGUGCUGUGAGUCAGGCAGACUUCCAAACCUUGAUGUCUGGCCCCAAAAACCUUCAAGUCGUGAAGACAAGCACAUCAUCUGUCAUCAUCCAAUGGGAGCAAGCACAAGGGGAGAUUGACAGAUAUCUCCUAUUCGUUUCACCCAAUCAGACAGAUGGAUCUAACAGAACACCUCAGGAAAUUAGGUUGCCGUCUGAGAGAAACUCGGCACAGGUUGUCUUGCUGGAACCUGGGCGGUUAUAUGACAUCUCUCUGGUGGCAGAAAGAGAUGGCACACAGAGCCUGCCUGUGACCGUGCAGGCCAUUCCUGGAACUCCCACAAAGAUGCUACCCAGGAUGACUGAGAAAACUGUGACCAUGCCGAUAGAACUGGGAACAGACCACAGUGAUGGCAAGACUCACGAAACAAAACCAAAUAGCACUAUUCUAUUGGUAAAGAAUCAGGGUGAAGGAAAAACAGGACAGAGGAAGUAUCUGGAAACAUCUGAGGGUUUCAGAAAACCCAGUUUAUACAUGCCAAGGCAAGGAAGACCAACACUUAAUGGAAAGGACAAGGUCUUACUCAGACCUGGCAGUCGACCAGACACGAUAAGAAGACCAAAUAUUGCAAUGCAGUUCAAUGGCACAAGGCCAGGCAGCAGGCGGGGGAUGUUCACUCAUGUUCCUUCAAAAAUGUUAAUGGAAAGGUUCUCGGCUGAGUGGCCAAGAACAAAGACACCAAGUGUUGGCUCAGGAGUGCAGGCUCCUAUGACCAUGGAUAGUAUAGUGGCAAUGACCUUGAAAGAGACCAAUCAAGAGCCAGCUUCUAAAGCAUCAGUGAAUGGAAGUCAUCGUAGGGUCCAAACAGAUCAUUAUAAAAUGAAACCAGAGGGACGGGUUCUAAAGAACAGCACUUUGGGUUCUCAGCCAUUCAACAUUUCUGAGGAAAAAGCAGUUUUAGCAAGCGAUCCAGAGCUUUACAGAAACAUCUCUGAGCAAACUGAGGAACCUUUGGCAUCCACAAUUACAAGUGAGAAAAACCUCACUUCCUACAUCAAUGGGACAAAAUGUGUCAGAAAGGUCUUGGUAGGGCACAGGAAAAUACUCUUAAAUAGGACAGUGAAUGGGAAAGCACUGACUAAAAACAUUACAGUCAUGGUCAGUCACAUCAACGGAAAUGAAAUCCUGCAUAAGGCUCUCACAGGCAGGCCUGACGGCGUUACUAAUGAUGUCACACCACUAAAUGAAGAAGGAACUAAGCUCCAUGGUGAAAAGAACAAACAAAACCCAAGCUUACAUGAGAUUUUGGAGAAGCAAGAAGAAGCAAUAGGUGAGGAAAAGAAAGAGGCUGGUGGAAUAGGAAUCACACGUUUGCCAACAAGCCAUGCAACAAAGAUAUUUUCUCAGCACCCUGUACAUGUUAGCAUACAGGAAGAGGAGUCUGGGGCAAGCCUUCCACAUGUUCAUCAACCUGCAUACAUGACAUCACCCUCUCCUCCUCUGCCCACCCUUCAUGCUAAACCUGUUCUGGUUCCAUCAGUAACAGCGAACCAACAUACAAAUAAUGAUCAGGUGUUAAAACACAGACACCCAACAAGAACCUCUUUCCACAUGUCCCCAUCUCUCAGACAAGGAUUUUCUGAUAGGUCAAAGUCACCCAGUUCAUCAGUUCACAUAAUAAAAGGCAGACACCCUUCUAGACGUAUUCCCUCUGUAAUGUCUCAUAUAUCCACAGAUAAACAUCCAAAUAAAAAUGUUCACUUUCCACACCCAUUUGCAGGAAAUCAAACCAUAGAGCAGGAAGUGGGGAUCUCCAGAGUAUCCCAGCCUGAUGAUCAAGGCUCACUCACUACAUCUGUCCAAAAAGUCAGUACUCCUCCUACCUCAACCACAAUACCAGUGACAGUGAGCAGUACAGAGAAGAUGAAGGGAGGAAAUAAAAAAGGAAUGCUUGAGACUGAACACAUGGAGACAAAAGACAGGAAAGUACCACCAUUCCGUCGCAUGCCAUUUAGGGGCAAAUUCCCCAACCAACGUAAUAUUCGUCCAUUUCAAAACCAGACCGGGCCUCUUUCGAAGAUUCCCCGGAAGUCCUUUAGGAUUCGGGUACUCAGGCCAACCUCACCCACAGUCACAAUCACAGACAACAUCAGUGCUAGUAAAACAAUUCCUCCUCACCAAGAAAAACCCCAAAUUAACAACCCUGGCUUAAAUGGGCCAACAUUUACAGUGAGAAAGAAAAAUGGCACAGUCAUCAGACUCCCACCUAGAUUUCAUACUCAAAAACAGCCAAACUCCACCAAUAAACACUCCCAAAUUGGUCUCAUAACAGAAAAAGAUGUAAGAAACAUGUCAAAAAUUGGAUUCCCAACAGAUAAAGAUAAUGAUCCUGAAGUGAUUUUGCUAACAGAGAAGACCAACACCAAUGGUACAUUCCAAGCUGUUGGUAGGGGUUUUGAAGAGGACACUGAUCACAUUUUGUCCAGGAUCACAAACACACUCAGCAGUACUGCUACUAUGACUCAUCAACAAGUGCAACCUGAAAGUAUCAGUGGCCACCAAAAUGGCCCGAGUCCCAAUCGGAGUUCAACAUUUACAGUGAGAAGGAAAAAUGGUACAAUCAUCAGACUCCCACCUAGGCUUCGCACACAAAUACAGCCAAAUGCUAUCAUUCACAGAGGCCCAAAAGAGAGGGAGCAUGAUACUAAUGGCAAAUUGGCCCCCAAAGCUGGUCUGGCAGCAGAAAAUAAUGCAAAUAAAGAAUCUAAAACUGAUCCCCUGACAGCCAAAGACAAAGAUUCUGAUGUUAUUCUAUCAGCAGAAAGAACCAACACCGAUGGUGUUAUUGGAGGUCCAGAAAAUUACAUUAAUGGCAUUCUGCCCAGGGUUACAAACAUACUCAGCAGCAGUGCUGGCAUUACACAUCACCAAGCAGAACCUAAACUUGACAACACAAACCUAAAUCUUAGUCCAGCAAUCACAAUGAGAAGGAAAAAUGGAACAAUUUUAAGACUCCCACCAAGACUCAGGACCCAAAUAAAGCCAAACAGCACCAACAUAUAUGUGGGCCCAAUAGGAAGUAAAGACUCAAAAGCUGACAAAGGGUCCAAAGCAGAUGUUUUUACAAGCAAAGACUCAAGCAAAGUCUCUAAACCUGGACUCUCAAUAGACAAAGACUCAAGUAAAGAUUCUAACAUGCCUCUCUUAACAGAAACAGAUACAAGCAAAGAUUCUAAAGUUGCCCCAUCAACAGACAAGGCUAGAGGUAAAAAUACUCAAAAAUUAGUUUUUUCAGGGGGUUCAGAAGAUGGUAUUGAUCAUAUUGCAGUUCAGAAUGUGACAUCGAAAGGGUUUAUUGUUAUAUGGGGUGCACCAAUAGGAAUGUUCAAAAAUGUAAUUAUCAGCAUAACAGAGGCUGGUGGAAAAAGGUCAGGGCAGGUGGAGCUGAGAAGCAAGGAUGAAGAGGGUCUCACGCAGGAUGAAGAUAUAAACAUGGGUGAUGACAGGAACAAGGGGAAAGUUCUGGAGCAUACAGACCCAGAGAAAGACCAUGCAGGUGAAGAUCAAGCAAAAGAUCUGUGGAGUCCUUCUGAUUCACACAUCAUGAGAAGAAACAGCAGUGAUGGGGGACUUAUAAACAAUUUAACGAUGGUGCUUCCCGGGUCCGCUCACUCAUUUCCGGUCACAAACCUCAUCCCACAGACUGCCUACUCCGUGUCCCUUUUUGGGAAGGGUCCUGGAUUACAAUCCAAUAUUCACCACUUCAUCAUCAGCACAGGACCCGAGCCUCCCUCAAAGCUUGCCUUUACUGAGCUUUCUGAGGGCUCUCUCACCGUCUCCUGGACCAGGCCCCGGAGUCCUGUGUCAGGGUUUAAGGUCACAUACAUGCACACAAAGGAUGGAGAGCCCGUUUCCAAGGCAGUAAAUUCUGCCAACUCCAGUCUGGCUCUUUCUCAGCUGUCGCCCGGUUCCUCAUAUGAGGUCAGCGUGAUAUCUGUGCAUGGGCUGGACGAGAGCGACCCAAUCAGGGACGUCGUAACCACAUUGCCCGAUCCACCAACUGACCUUAGCGUCAUAAACGUCACUGAUACGAAAGCCCUGUUGUUAUGGAGACCAGCCCUGGCAACAGUUGACCAGUACGUAAUUGUUUAUGGUUCUGAGGAAGCCCCAGGCUCUGACCUGACCAUCAAGGUGUCAGGCAACACAGUGGAGCAUCAAUUACAGGGUCUGAGGUCCUCCACGCGCUACACCGUCAGCAUCAGCAGUCAGCUGGAUGACCUCAGGAGCUUCGGCACAGCCACCACCUCCUUCAUCACUGGCAGCGGUCCUGGGGGAAAAGGGGAGGGGCCUCGGGACCUGAGGGCCAGCCAGGUGACACAGCACACAGCUGUUUUGUCGUGGAAACCACCUGCGUCCACCGUGACGGGCUACAAUCUGACCUAUGUCACUGAAGGACAGGAGAUUAAGGAAGUGAUGGUUGCUCCCGGCGUCACGGAGCUGAGGUUGACUGGGCUGCAUCCCGGAUCGGUGUACACGGCACGGCUGCAGGGCAAGAGAAAGGGCAUCUACACAACCUCCAGCUCUACAGAGUUCACAACAGGGUCUCUCCGGUUCCCAUUUCCCACUGAUUGUUCCCAGGAGCUGCUGAAUGGAGUGCGGGAGUCGGGUGUGGUUGAAAUCUUCCCUGAUGGGAAGGAGGCCAGACCUAUCAGGGUGUACUGUGACAUGGACACUGAUGGUGGAGGCUGGAUGGUCUUUCAGAGAAGAAAGGAUGGGAAAAUCAACUUCUUCAGGGGCUGGCAGGACUACAGAAAGGGCUUCGGCGAUCUGGAGGGGGAAUUCUGGCUUGGUAAUAACAUACUUCACAACCUGACCAGAAUAACCCCCAUGACCCUGCGUGUGGAUCUGAGAGCGGGUGCUGAGGCGGCCUACGCGGAGUACUCCUCCUUCUCAGUGGACACAGCCAAAAAGCACUACAUGCUUCGAGUGUCCGGCUACUCGGGCACCGCCGGCGACUCGAUGAAGUACCACGACAGACGGCCGUUCUCAACGUGGGACCGUGACCCCCAGCCCUUUAUCACGCGCUGUGCCAUGUCCUACAGGGGGGGCUGGUGGUACAGGAACUGCCAUGAGUCCAACCUCAACGGCCUGUACAAUACACACACCAACCACCAGGGUUUGAUCUGGACCACAUGGAAGGGAACGGACUUCUCUAUUCCUUUCACUGAGAUGAAACUUCGUCCAACAUCCUUUAACCCUUACACUCAGGCAUAGGCGUGAGAGAGAGCAGGAUGGAGAAGAACCCUACACACACACACACACACACACACACACACACACACAUAAACACAAACAUAAAUAUUGUGUAACCACAUCGUGAAGGUCUUUCACCUAAAGACUCAAAUGUCAUAAAGGACAUUUAUCAUUCUAUUAUUUUGUACAGAUUUUGGAUUCUCUGUAUGUAAUUUUGUCCUAUAGGAUAUUAUGCGCUCCCUCAUCUCCCUCAGUCCCAUAGUAAGCUACAGCUAAAAGGGGUCUUAUGGACAGAUAUGUGAUGUGUGGAUGUGUGCACUCCAUCCGCACCUUUUGUUUCCUGAUGUGUGUUAUACCUUCAGCCAUUCUCAGAUGUUGUAUGUUCUAAUGAAACAAUAUGGUAAGAGCCAACAUUGCAAGUAUCAGUUGCAAAACUGAUGCUGGAGGAAGUCUUAAGAGAUAGAUGAGCAAUCUAACAAAAUGAAAAAAAAAUUUUUUAUAAUGUGCUGUGAGCUCAAGUAUUCCUGAUGAAUUUGGGCUCGUAAUAAUGUCUUUCAGCCACAUUAACUGAAAAGGCACCUUGGAAUUACAAUAUGAUAUCCAGCACAUUUCAUGCAGCCUUGAUCUGAUUGGUACAAAAUAUUUUAGUAUUUAAAUUCCUUGACUAACAGCACCAAAUUUCCCCAUCUCUUGUGUAUAACCAUAAUCUUCUCUCUAACAAGCAGUGUUGUAAUUCUCAGACAAAAUGGGUGAUGUACUGAUAUAUGAGAGGUUGUUUUUAUUCACGACCCCAAUGGAUAUUACUCCCAUAAUUCUCCUGCUCCAGGAGGUGCACGUUCAGUGCUGCCAUGGAUCCAGAUUACACAAUUUCUGCCUUGAACUGAAUUAUGUCCUGAACACGUUGCAAUAUUAGAGUGGACUACACCCUUUCCUUAGGGAAGCAAGAAGGUGAAGUUUGCAUGUAGCCACUACAGUAGUCUAUAAGAUUAUAUCCAUGUUAACCACAUUCAUUAUUUGUAAAGAUUUUGAAAUUAAUUGCUGUGUCCCCACUGGCUCAACAUGUUGGGGGUAACAAAGACAAAAUGGAAAACUCCGAACAGAGCUGAUUUCUUUACUGUACUUUAAUACUCACACCCAAUAUUCUCCACUACCCCAAUUUUGAAAUGUCAAUCUUUCUCCUGUAAUAUAAAAUAUUAAUUUAUUUUACUAUAUAAUACAAAACUAAUGAUUUAAAUACAUGUUUGUGGCAGAAUGAAUAUUUUAGGACAUUAUGGUUUCCCAUAAAUGGGUUAAGCUUAGUCUUGGACUACAUUUGAGUGCCUCUGGAAAUGUUUACUAGUGUAGGUAUUGGUCUUACUCUGAGAAAGAGGCUCUAUAUGCCUUUAAGACGCUUAACUAUUGUAGAUGAAAUUACAAUUCAAUUUGCAAUUACUAACUCCUCUAAAAGUGAUACUUGAAACACAGUUCUUCAAAGAUCUACUUCAGUUGCAAUAUUGUUUGUGACUUUAGACACAAUAUUCUGAAUCACGCAUAUUUGCUGAUUUACUAAACACUUAACAUACACUUAACAUAACAUGUUAACAUACUUAAGAUCAUGCUAACCGUACGGAAAGCACUGCCAUUCAAACACUGUUUGUGUGUCCCUUCAGUGCACCACACAGCAAACAGCUGCUAUUGUCUAAUCACAAAUAACCUGCAUUCUCAACAAAUUGUUCUAAUUGUUUUAAUUACCCUGUGAAGGAACGUUUAUGCAAAGCAUGAGGUAAUCUCUGUGUUUGGAAAUACUGAGCUCAACAACAUUCCGGAAACACGGGCACAGGCAGAGUAGUGCUACAUGAUCAUUUGGGAUAACUCAUCCUCUGGAUCAGUUUCCAUUGGAGUACUGAAGUCCGUGAAUGGUUUGACAGUAAGGUUAGAUUUGCAAACUUGUUCCUUCCACCUUAUUCCCUGUUCCUCAUCCCAACUGAGGAAAUGUUCUCAGCAUGGCAGUGGAGGGUGGUGCUGUAGGGUCUUUCCAGGAGUGGAUUCACCACAGCAGGUGAUAUUUCAAACCAUAACAGGUGAUAUUUCAAACAUCCAGGAAUAGAUUCACCACAGCAGGUGAUAUUUCAAACAUCCAGGGAUAGAUUCUCCACAGCAGGUGAUAUUUCAAACGUCCAGAUGUAGCUUCACCAGCAGGUGAUAUUUUUCAUUCUGUCUCAUGAGAGGACUUAGUAUGGGAUAUUGAUGAGGCUCAGCUUGAUCCUGUCUGAUGGCGAUUAUAGCUAUUUGAAACUGAAGUCUUUCAAGAGCCACCGAAAAUCUCAGCACAUUGUCUCAGUUAUAGAUUAGUGUCUCUUAUAGACUCAACACAUGCCACAUCAGGGAGAUGGGUGUUCUAAUCAUUAAAUAUAAAAAUAAAAUAAAGUGCCAGCUGUUUUUAAACCAUGAGCACGGAGCCUGGAGACCUGGGGUGUGGGUGUCUGUGUUUCCCUUCAGUUUGACAAACUUGUCAGUGAGCAUAUGACUCAGAGUGAGGUAGAGAGUGAGUUAAUGUCAGAGACUGUGUUAGUGAGUGAGUGUAAUGAUGUGAUAAAUGACUUUCUUCUCAGAUACUUAGUGUAGAACAGAGAUGUGUUAGUCUCAGUCCUGCUCACUCUAUGCACUGCACAUAUUUCUGCAUGUCUGUGCUGCUCUACACCUGAAUAAACUCAACUGCUUACAGUGAGGUCCUCCAUGCCCUGGUGCAGGUGUGUCAACAGUAGGAAAGAACACAGAUGUCCAAUACAGUAAGUCACCUAGACCAGGACUAAAAACAGUGGUGUUAACAACAUGUUUUCUAACAUACCAGAACUAUGGCCUGAUUUCUAUAGAGCCACACAUGUCCUGUCACAGGUGCAGGAAGCACUGCUUUCAAAUCACUGCAGUAAACGUAAUAAAAUCAAGCUUUCACACCUUUGGUUUUAAAUUUCCUGUCUAGGCCAGAGUGGAAUCUAGACACUGUAUGCCGGUGUUCAGAAGUCAAAUAAAACCAGAUAUUUGUUCUUUUCUUCUCUGAUAAAUUUAUAUUCCAUUGUAAAUUAUAUUUUCUUUCUCUAUUCAUGCGAUGCUUCCUCUACAUCUGUAUCAAUGUUUUAUUUGUAACUUGUAGUUUUAUUUUUUUUAAUUAUUUUUAUUUGCCAGUUCAUGUACAAACAGAUGAGAUGAAAUGUAAUUGAACAUGUGAGAUAACUAGACACCAGAUAUAGUUGUGAAAUGUCAUGACAUUUUGCUAAGUGUUUCCAUCUAACAGUGUUGAUACAGGUUGACUUUUAAAAAUUA